UUUGCGGCUUGCAACGAUUAACGGAAAAUUGUUCCUUUUGUAGAAGCACCGAAGCUAACUUUGUGAGGUGUUUUUUUAACGGGACAGUACCGGAGGAGGAAGCGGAGGCUCCGAGGAAGCGGAGGAAAUUAUCCGAGAAGUUUUCUGAACUUACUUUUUUCUUCUUUACAGGAUGGCAAAUGAAGGAAACGGCAUGUCUGAUGAAAGAAUAGGAGAAGCCCUCAUCAAAGAGGUCAUACAGGAGGAGCUUAAGGAGGUGCCCUCAGACGAUGUCCCCCCUCUCACUCCUCUGGCCGUGGAAGUGAAGACGGAGCAGGAGCAGAAGAUGGUGACCCAGCUGGGCAAAAUGAUCCGCAUCAUCGGCGACAGGGUCCGAGACGACAAGGAGUUCCAGGACGCGAUAGACGGCAUCGCUCGUGGCUGCGGGACAGAAUCCACAUGGGACAGAUUCAAGAAAGUGGCGGAUAAAGUGUUCGAGCACGGCAUCACCUGGGAGAGGAUCGGCGUGCUCUUCUACGUCGCCGGCAGGCUGGCUCUCAGGAUGGUGGAGGCUCAUCUGCCUCAGUCAGUGAGGGAGGUCCUGAGGUGGACUGUGGAUUUCUUCAGAAACAAUCUGCUGGGCUGGAUUCGAGACCACGGAGGAUGGAUCAACAGUUUCUCAGAUCUGGCGUCGGCAUCCAUGCAGAGCGUGUCGUCAUUGAACCCCCACAGCUGCAACAUCAUCGUCAUCUUCGUCACUGGCCUGGUUGUAGGAAGCUUCAUUACCUGGAGGCUGAUCAGACGGCUCUGA